UGUAGUAGUUUCGCUCUCAAGAAGGUUAAGUUAGUUCAGUAAGUUUGGGAAGUACUUUCGGCGGUGUUUCCAGUGUUUUUAAAUUUUAAGAUGUACUAGAUGGCUGCCUGGAGAUUUUGAGCAUCCUCCCCGAACACGGUCGGUCUUUGAUUGAACGGGUGGAGUGUAGUAUGGAGCAGAGAUUUAAGAUGUGAAAAUUGGAAGAAUCGGCAUGUGUAAUCUGUGUUCCACAACUCCAUCUGAAGUUAUUUGGAUCUCAAUGGGGAGGGGGCUCAUUCUGCUGACAAAACCGACGUCGUUUUAGGCGGUUUGAAUGACUCGAAGUUUGUUUCCGAACAAUACUCUAAUGUUAUCAAAGUUCCCGGGAGGAUUCGCUGAUGCGAAUGUGUCAUACUCGUCCCUCGUGGAAACAGAUUCAAAGGUCUGGGGGCCAAAGUGUAAACGCCAACCUGGCAGCUCCAAAGUAUCGAUCUGUUUGGCUAACUCGUUAGCUAGCUCCGCUAGCACCAAUGCUAGUGAGUCGGAAUGAACUGACAGAUAUUCUCCGUGGAAGCUGGACACAGUUCUUGUUCCGCCGCGUUAAGCCUUAUGUGACAAAACACUAUUAGCAUGGGGACCCAGAGGAACGGCUUCAAGAGAGAAAGUUAUAUUCUUUCAGUUGACGUGGGGACAACAUCGAUCAGAUGUCACGUCUAUGACAAGCAAGCUCAAAUUAAAGGAUCAUGCUCCACAAAGGUGACUCUUCUGUACCCUCAGCCGGGAUGGGUCGAGAUGGACCCGGAAGAGCUGUGGCAGGGGUUCGUCGCCGUGGUGAAGGGCGCAGUUAACGACUCAGGUUUGCAGAUGAGACAGAUGGAAGCUCUCGGGAUCUCAACGCAGAGAGCCACGUUCACCACCUGGGACAGGAAGACUGGGACCCCCUUUCACAACUUCAUCAGCUGGCAGGACCUGAGGGCUGCUGAGCUGGUUGGCGCCUGGAACCGGUCCUGCACUAUGAAGGCGAUCCAUGGUGUGAUGAAGGUGCUACACUGCCUCACCAGACAGAAGCGCUUCCAGGCAGCCAGCCUGGUGGUAUUCUCCACCCAACACGUCACGAUGCGCCUAGCCUGGAUCCUGCAGCACUGCGCAAAUGUGAGACGGGCAGUCGAGGAGGGGACCUGCUGCUUCGGGACCAUUGACACCUGGCUGCUGUACAAGCUCAGUAAAGGAUUGGUUCACGCCACAGACUAUUCCAAUGCCAGUGCGACAGGCAUAUUUGACUCGUAUCAGAUGUGCUGGAGCGGGUUCCUGUGCUCUCUCGUAUCGCUGCCCCUGUCCAUCUUCCCCACAGUAGAGGACACUGGUCACAACUAUGGCACCUCUGAUCCGAGCAUCUUUGGCCUGCCCAUCCCAGUCAUGUCGGUGAUGGCAGACCAGCAGGCAGCCAUGUUUGGUGAGUGCUGCUUCAACACGGGUGAUGUGAAGAUCACCAUGGGAACCGGCACUUUCAUGGACAUCAACACGGGGAACAAACCUCACACUUCCGUGGCAGGACUGUACCCUCUUGUGGGUUGGAAGAUUGGGCCAGACGUGGUGUAUCUGGCUGAGGGUAAUGCUGCAGACACUGGCACAGCCAUAAAGUGGGCACAGGAGCUAGACUUGUUUUCGGAGGUGCAGGAGACGGAGGCGAUGGCUGUCAGCGUGAAUGACUCAGAUGGCGUUUGCUUCGUCCCCUCUUUCAGUGGCCUACAGGCUCCUCUCAAUGACCCCAGAGCGUGUGCGUCUUUCAUGGGCCUUAAACCUUCAACCACCAAGAACCACCUGGUCCGUGCAAUCCUGGAGUCCGUCGCUUUUAGGAACAAGCAGCUCUAUGAUAUAAUGCUCCGGGAAACACGCAUUCCCAUCACCAGAAUCAGGGCGGAUGGGGGCGUGUGCACCAAUGACUUCAUCAUGCAGUUGACAGCGGACCUGCUGGGGAAAAAGAUCGACAGGCCGAGCCACUUCGACAUGUCCAGUCUGGGGGCGGCCUUUGUGGCCGGCUUGGGAGUGGGUUUUUGGAAGAGCCAGGAGGAGCUGAAGCACCUGCGUUGUACAGACAGGGUGUUCCUGCCGCGGGGAGCUCGAGACGGGUACACGGGCGUCCUGCUGAGCUGGGAAAGGGCGCUGCAGCGAUCCUUGCACUGGUACAGCAAGCCCUGACUGCUCUGCCUCCCACCGCCCUGCAGGGGGCGCCGCUGUGGGACCAGUGCCAUAAAACCCCUCCCACUCACCCCCUGCUGCUGCUGCUGCCGCCUCUGCUCUCUCAUCAGAAACGCCCGGGCUGGAGUGACUCUACCGUUUGCCUACCCUUAUAUGCCUGGUAGUGGUACCUCAGGGAUUCUCUCCCUUCUCCUGUACAUCCCUGCCCCUGCGGGGCAACAUUAAUAUACUGAUGAUUCAAAAUGUUGUUAAAUACUUGGACGGUUAAAGCUAAUAACUGUAGAAAAAAAAAUUGCUGAGGGGUUUCUGUACCUUAAUGAAUGAGAUGAGUGUAGUGUUUACAGUGAUCAAUGAAUGAAUUAACUUUGAGUGUUAGUGAAUUUUUAAUGGUGUUGAUAUCUGUGGGUAGGGAGUUUCUGGAGUCUGAUUUCUGCAAUGAAGAUUAGUCUGAGUGGAACCGCAGACCACUGAUAUUGGGGGGAUGCGUGUCUUUUAAGCCAUGGUUGUUUACCAGUUGUAACCUCCUUCCACUGUUCUGUGAGCGUACGUGGUGGGGAAAAAACACCUGCACUUCUGUUCUGUCACAGUGAGGGUACACUGAACAAACAAACUGUACUUGGUUGGUUGCAUACAGCACUUUUAUAUGUGGUGCCUUAAGCCCAGAGUCCAAACGUAUCUGCCUUUUCACUAUAGCUCUUUGUGUGUGUGUGUGUGUGUGUAUGUGUGUGUG